AUGACUGAUAGACCGAGUCAGGAGGACCUUGACGAGCUGCAGCGCGAGAUGGACAAGAAGGAGGCAGAGGCCAAGAAGGCCGGGGUGCCCUUCAAUAGAGCGGCUGCGCUGCGCAGGAUUGCCCAGUCCAAGGGAAGGUUCUAUGACUCUGCAGAGUUCAUCUUGAAGCAAGGUAGAGGAGAGACCCAGCCUAGUGCUUACUUCAACAAGGACAUAACAAAGGAGACUGCAGGAAAGCCGAACCCACCUGCCGCGGGGGGAAGCCGUUUUGCUGCCAAGACAUCCCAAGACGAAGAUGACAACGACGAUAACGAUGAGUAA